AUGAUUAUCGAUCUCUCAUAUAUUGAUCAUAUUUAAUACAUCUAUAGUUAGCUAGAAUGUUGCUUUAUACAAAACUAAAUAAUAUAUGAAAACAUUUUCUUUUAACUUAUUUUAAAUUUGAGUUUCUUUUAGUGUUAAAGAGUAAAAACAUUAUUUCAUUUCGAUUAAGUAGAAGGGACACAUAAAUUUGAAUCCUUACCAUAUUUAUACUUUUUUAACAAUACUAUGAAGACCUAAUAUUAAAAGAAGGAUUAAAAAACAGUCUAAAUAAUUAAUAAAACUUAUUCUUACACAAAACUUGAUAAAAUUCAUGAACUUAUUAAUAAAAUAUUUAUUUAAAUGUAGCUAAAAUGA